AUGUGUGAGGGUACAGUGGUGUGUUCUCUGCAGAUUCUUGUCCCUGCUAACCCCAUGGACAUGUACGGUAAUCAGGGAAUGCCCCAGCAAGGUCUGCCCAUCAGCAACUCCUGCCCCGCCAACCUGUCCAACAUCAAAAGGGAAUACUCCGUCUCACAAUCACCAGCCAUCAUGCACAUGCUGGAUAAAUCUGGAUCCUGUGGCAAAUUUGACAACUAUCAACGGCCUGAAGGCUUCCCAGUGGAGGCUGAAGUGAGAGCUCUGGCAAAGGAAAGACAGAAGAAGGAUAACCACAAUUUGAUUGAGAGAAGACGACGGUUUAACAUCAACGAUCGAAUCAAAGAAUUGGGGACCUUAAUUCCCCAAUUAAGUCGAAUGACCCGAUGA